AUUAAAGCAAACUUCAAAUGAAAUCGGCCGUGAGAAAUUUCUACAAUGCGUGUGGGACUGGAAAAACAGCAAAAGUGUAAGGAUUAAUGAACAAAUGAGAAAACUUGGCGCAUCGUUAGAUUGGUCGAAAGAAAUAUUCACUCUGGACGAGUUGCAAAGUAAUUCUGUCAUGGAAGCUCUUAUUAAACUUUGGGAUAAAGGUUUAAUAUAUAGAGACGAAACAAUUUUAAACUGGUCGUGCGCUCUUAAAACGACAAUAUCUGAUAUAGAAGUAGAGCAUGUUUUAAUUGACGGGUUGGUUCGAUGAGCCAGUCGUGUUUGGACAAAUCAUUGAUUUUUCAUAUAAAAUCGAUUCGAGUAUGUCAGUUAUUUUCCAAAUUUGAACCAUUUUGACCGGGUCGUUUAUUUCAGAUGAAGAAAUCGUUGUAUCUACAACAAGGGUUGAGACCAUGCUUGGCGAUGUAGCUGUAGCGGUACAUCCUGAUGAUGAACGUUAUAUUAAUUUUAUUGGGAAAAAUGUCAUCCACCCUUUUAACGGAUGUGUUUUACCUAUAAUAUCGGAUGAUACUGUUGAUCCAAAAUUUGGAACAGGUGGUGUUAAAAUAACCCCAGCGCAUGAUCCAAGAGACUUUUUAAUAGCAAAAAGGCAUAAUUUGCCAACUAAAACUGUUAUCAAUGAAAAUGGCUAUCUUUCUGAUAAAUGUUUUGACUUUUCAGGUAUUCAUAGAUUCCAUGCUCGACAAACACUGAUUAAAGUACUAGAAGAGAAAGGGUUGCUGAGAUCUAUCAAACCUCACAGUUUUCAACUUCCAAUUUGGCAACCGACCAGCAGCCUUAUGCGGAGCAUAUGCUAAAUGUAAUGGUUGAAAUCAGUGAUUAUCAAAAUUUAUCAGCAGCAGGAAAUUAUGUUCAGCGACCAUCUUCGCCGCCGGUGACUAAAUUUGAAAAGCAUGGCCAACAGUUAGGUCAUGGUAUUAAAAUUAAAUUAAAUUUGAGAGGAUAAAUUAUGUCCAAGCAACGUAGCCUUCAUUUACAUAAAAAACUAUAAAUUUCAAGAGGUUGGUUUCUCUGUAAAAUGAUUUUUUGCGGGUACAAAAAAUCCGAUAAAGUAUUGCAUUUCUUCGCUAAAACGUUUAGAAAGUGUUUUUUCAAGGCAUGUUUUUGCUAAUUUAAACUCAGUUAAGAGCAGAUAAUUCUUCUAAAUUUUUUUCAAUAGGCAUAGAGUGCAUCAGCUUGUUUAACACCCGUCCUUGCUUGGUAUGACAUUCAUCAUCUAAAAUCGGCUGAAAAUCUUUUUCCUAAAAACUCCUUUUACCUGGACCUCAAAUAUUGGAAUUCAGUCCUUGGGAAACAUCAUUCGGCGUAAUUAACAACUAGAUAUUUUUGAAAAACAGUUUAAUUUGAAAGCUUGAUGUUUAACAAACUCAAAUAUGUAACUUGAGCUUUUUGACAGCUAACUGAUUUAUACAAUAAUACGUUCAAUAACAUUGCAGUUUACUUCAAAGAAAUAGUUCAGAUAGGAAAGUCAUGUGAAACAAACAUGUCUUUUAAAAACACCCAUAUUAAUAGUUGUAAAAGAUUAAAUAAAACAAAGUCUAAUAUUUAAAGAUAAUUUUAUUGCCCUACUCUGUCUACAAUAAACUACAGUGCACAUGCUUAAAAAAACAACUGUUUUUUUUUUCCUUUUUUUGGUUUUUAUAAUCUAAAAAUAAUAUAUGGGUAAGAAUGAAAAAUAUUACAUCUCUGAUUUAGUUAUAAAGUUAUAAACUAAAAAGCUUACAAUACGCUUUUUUUUUUUUUUUUAAUU